AUGCCGGCCGGCUCGCCUGCCGUGGGCGGGCCGGGCGGCCUGGACGGGCCCGUCGAGCUGACCGUGACCAACCUGGAUGCCAGCCGCCACCCACGCGACGCCGAGAAGGUCCUCUACGACCUGGCCAUCCGUCACGCUAAGGUGGAGAGCGUCUCGGUGUACUGCCAGUCGGACGGCUCGCUGGUGGGCACCAUCUCGGUGCCGACGCUGUACGACUCGCAGGCGCUGAUCGCUGAGAUGCACCGCGCCGUGGUGGGCACCAAGCGCAUCAUGCUGGCGUACGCCCGCACCGACCGUCCCGACCCGUACAAGAUACGGACGCAGGUGAUUCGGCUGCUGAACGACGUGCCAUCGGGCCAGCUGCCGCUGGUGAAGUUCAUGGAGCUGUACGAGCAGCGCUUCCACAACACCGUCUCCAUCGCCGACCUGUUCAGGAUGCGCGAGACUGUGACGGUGGUGGACAGCAGCAGCGGACGCGUUAUCCAGCUGAACCCGAUGCUGAAGACCCAGGACCACGGCUGCGGCGUCCGACCGCCGGCCGCCUCGGCGUGCGCGCGCCACCCGCCUCAGCGCGGCGCCACCGUCGGCUGGGCGGAGCUCGACGACCCCAGCGUGCUGCCCAACAGCGACGUGGCGCUGGAGGAGCUGGAGCGCGUGGUGCGCCACCUUCUGGAGACACACGACGGCCUGCUUCAUCUCUCCAGCCUGCUGGACUGUUACGCGGCCGAGUUCCACGACCCGGCGCUGGCGCGGCUGCGGCUGGACCCGGCCGCCGUCUGCCUGGAGCACCUCAUCACCUGCCUGGCCGACGUGCGCGUGGUGACGCGCGGCCAGGACAAGCUGGUGGUCUGGGCACGUGACUCGCCCGAGGACGAGCCGGCCCCGGUGAACCCCAGCCUGCAGCAGAAGGUGGUGCUGUUCUCGCGCGAGGUGGUGGACCUCCUGCGGGCGGCGCCGCGAGCCCGCAUGCCCUUCAACAGGUUCAUCCCAGCGUACCACCAUCACUUCGGUCGGCAGUGCCGCGUCUCCGACUACGGGUUCACCAGGCUGGCCGACCUGUUCGACGUGUUGCCGCAGAUCGUGCAGGUGCUGGGCUGCGGUCACCGUCGCGUCAUCACGCUGACGCCGCGCGCCCAGGAGCGCCGCUUCCUCUCGGACCUGCUGCGCGUGCUGAAGGCGCAGCACUCGAAGCAGCUGGCCGUGACGGCCCUGCCGCAGGCCUUCUCCGAGGUCACCGGCCGCGAGUUCACCGUCUGGGACUACGGCGCCACGCGGCUGCACACGCUCCUCUCGACCGUCAACGGCGACAGCGUGGUGGUGUACAAACAGGACGGUGAUCUGCGCGUGGCCAUACCGCGUCGCGAGCAGACGCCCGAGGAGAUGCAGAAGACCAAGCACUUCGCCACGGAGAUGACGCAGGUGCUGAUCCGUCAGGUGAAAGAGCUGCUGCGACACGUGCCGUUCUGCCAAAUGCAGUUCAACAAGUUCAUCCCGGCGUACCACCACCACUUCGGCCGACAGUGCCGCGUCUCCGACUACGGCUUCGGCAAGCUGGCCGAGCUGUUCGAGGCCGUGCCAGACACCGUACAGGUGACCUCUGACGAGGACGGCGAGAAGCUGAUCCAGCUGACGCGGACCGCUCUGCGCUCAGUGCUCUCGGACCAGCUGGUGACGCUGCUCCAGAACGCGGGGGUGGAGUCGGUGGGCCUGGAGGAGCUGUGCGCCCUCUUCCUGCGCGAGUUCGGCUACCGGCUCAACCCGGCGCUGUACGGCGGCGCCACCGUCCGAGAGCUGAUGGCGCAGCUGCGCUCGGUGGUGCGGCUGGGCGGCGCUCCUGACGCGCCCCGGGUGUUCCUGGUCAACCGCCAGCACCUGCGGCAGGCCGCCGUCAACGUGCGGACCCUGCUCAUGGAACAGUCGCCAAUCGCGGCUUAA